CCACCACCUCUUCCUCCUCCACAACCACCACUUCCUCCGCCACCGGCCAUGGCUAAGACGGCCCGAAAACUUAGUCAAGAAUUCCGCAACAACAACAACCAUGGUGAACAAACCCCAGUCUACCACGGUGUCCGUAAGCGGAGCUGGGGAAAAUGGGUAUCCGAAAUCCGCGAGCCAAGGAAGAAGUCAAGAAUAUGGCUCGGCUCAUUCGACAACCCUGAGAUGGCGGCUCGAGCCCAUGAUGUAGCAGCCAUAGCCAUCAAGGGUCACUCGGCUAUCCUCAACUUCCCUCACCUAGCUCAUGAACUUCCCAAGCCGAUUUCCAAGUCACCUAAAGACAUCCGAGCCGCUGCGGUCAAAGCCGCAACUUCAGCCAUUGAUGUUAGUCCAGGAAGCCGGAACUCUAAUAACACGCAAGCCGAGCUUGAGCCGAGGGUUGGCAAGUUGGCUACAUGUGAUGAUAUAUUUCUUGAUUUACCGGAUCUCUUCAUUGACUUAAGUCAACGGAUUGAUCAGGUUUUGUUAACAUUGCCGGAGAAUAUGGUCGGAGUUGAGACCGGUGACGGUGAAUUAUGGCCGGAAGAGCAUAUCCUGUGGAAUUAUUGUCAAUAAGUUGGGGCAACAAAAGAUUAUUUGUAAAAAGAUAGAAACUUAUUAACUACAAGGAUUCUGUAAGUAUAAAAAGGAUAGUU